AUGUUUCGACGUCACCCCAAGCCUGAAGCGGCGGAAAAGCCCAGUUCGCCGGAUGUAGCUACUGCCGCUGCCGCCCUGGAUCAAAGCAGUACUGAGCUGCUCACCUCAGAAAAAUGGCGCAAGGCACUACUCAGCGGACUCUUGGAGCGAUACAAGCUUCAGCAAUCCAAAAGCACCAUGGAGCAAAUCCUUGAUGGCGAGGCCGCCAUCUACGUGCCACCCCUGCUACAGGUCCUGCACGGUACGAUCCCGUUGGCUGUGCUACACGUCCCCAGGGCACUCACGGUACCUCGCCUCUCUGAUGAUACUUGGGCCUUUUCCUCGACAACACCAGAUCGUCGAGCCGUGUGUGUGCGUGACUUUCUGAGCAACGUUCUCAAGUCGGGGCUCUACGAUGCGCGCGCGCGCGUCCUGCUUCGUGACUUUGCCUUGUGGCUCGACAUGAGCCUGCUGGAGCUGGCCCAAGAAGAGACUCAGAUUGCUGACAAGCUCACGCGCUAUCGCAACGAGCAUCAGGCCGAGGUGGAGGCAGAGAUGCAAGAACAAGAACGCCGAGCCCGCAAUUCCAAGUGGUUCAAAGUUGGCGUGGCGGGCGUCAUUGGUGGUGUGGCUAUCGGCCUGACUGGUGGCUUGGCUGCACCGCUGGUGGCGGCGGGCAUGGGAGCUGUUUUUGGCACUGGGGCAGCCGUGGCACUGGGUACCACGGCAGGCAUCUACGCGAUUGGCACACUCUUUGCCGUCGGGGGUACCUCCCUGACGGGUUACCACAUGCAUCGACGAGUGGGCAAGCUGGAGGAAUUCUACUUUAUGCAUUUGUCGCGAACUGAGCAGCUGGACGUGACCAUCUGCGUCAGUGGGUGGGCCCCCGAGGACGAACCCUUGGCUGACUACGUCAACCCUUGGCUGGCCUUGCCAGCUGGAAGUGACUAUUUUGCCCUCGUCUGGGAGCGGGAACCCGUCCACGCACUGACUCGUGCCCUGACCCGAAUGCUCAAAGACCAAGCCGUCGGCAUGGCUGUCAACGAGGUCAUCAAACACACUCUUCUAGCUGGCCUCAUGGCGGCCGUGGCCUGGCCUGCAGGCCUCCUCAAGGUUGCAAGCCUUCUGGACAACAGCUGGAGCGUUGCCUUGAAUCGGGCCGAUCAUGCUGGCGUAGAGCUCGCAAAUGUCCUGCUCUCGCGCCAACAAGGGGGUCGCCCGGUGCGCCUCGUCGGAUAUGCCCUUGGUGCUCGCGUCAUCUUCAGCUGUCUUCAAGAGCUGGCCAAGCGCAAGCAAAGCCAGGGUUUAGUGGAAAGCGUCGUCAUGAUGGGACUCCCUGCCUCGGGCGCCCCCGAUCAAUGGAAACAAAUCGACCGAGUUGUCGCCGGCUCGAUUCAGGUCUUGCACUCGACCGAGGAUUGGCUCCUCAAGUUCUUGUUCCGAGGCACUUCUGUGGAGCUCGUGGUGGCCGGUGUGGAAGGCGUCAUGGAUGUCCCCUUUGUACAAAAUGUCAACGUCACCGCUUUGGUGGGUUCAUGGCACAGCAACUAUCACGCCAAGUUUCGCCAGCUGCUCGGACUCGCUGGCCUGAGUGAAAAUGGUCAAAUGCAGUACCGGGUCGCCAUGAGCCAGGAGCCUGAGGCGGCCGCGUUGGCCGCGGCUACGGGUGUGCAGGCCGUCGAAGAUGACUUUAUGGCACAGCCGGGUUGUGCCUUGGUCGUCACCGACGCCGGACCUUCCAUCAAUGUGCAAGAGCAGCGUCGUUUCAAGCGCUGGGCGGCAGGCUUUUUGACGCAGGCUGAGCUCGAGGCCCAGCUACCCGUGGAGGUUGAGGAGGAAGAGGCGUCUGCCGAGAAGACCGACAAAAAGGCUGCCGACAAAAAGGCUGCCGACAAAAAGGCUGCCGACAAAAAGGCUGCCGACAAAAAGGCCGCGGCAAACCGCAAGCCGUCGCUGACGCCCAGCACCACCACUGACCCUUAG